GGGCAACGCAAGGCAAUCCAUUUCAAGAUCACUGGCUCAUGGCAUUGCGUUCCUUGAACUUGAACAUUGAAGUCGCCCUCAUCACAUUCGUGGGAGAUUGCUGGUCGCAGCCGUAGACCCACUUCCAACAAUAUGGCGACCACUUCUGACGCUCGUGCGCCGCUCCUCCCCCAGAAUGCGGAGGCGACCACAAUCGUAGUCAGAGAGCCAGAAAGUGAAGACGCAGCGUCUGAAACACGGCCGGCAAACGAGUCAUGGGGGGGCACUGCAUCCAUCAAGAGCGCCUCAUUCAACAUGACGAACACGAUGCUCGGCGCCGGUAUAAUGGCGCUGCCCUACGCUAUGAAGACCAUGGGCAUUCUGAUGGGGACACUUGCCCUUUUCGGAAUCACCAUCCUGACGCGGUCAAGUCUACGGGGCAUGCUCCGGUGCAUGGAAGUCAGCCGGCAGUACACCUACUCGAACCUCGUCUACAGCGCGCUCGGAAACGGGGGCAGAAACCUACUCCGCUUUGCGAUAGUCAUCAACAAUUUUGGGCUCCUCAUUGCGUACCUUAUUAUCACAGGGGACGUGUUAUGCGGGUCGCACGAUGGGCUGCACACCGGACUGAUCGACGAGUGGUUUGGGGACCGGCACGUCUGGUACACGUCGCGCAAGUUCGUGGUCAGCGUGAUCGUUGUGGGGCUGCUCCUGCCGCUCUCGUCCUUCCGUCGUAUGGAUGCGCUCAGCUUUACGAGCGCUCUCUCGGUCACACUCGCGCUCCUGGCGGUGUGCACGACCGUCUACCUGGCAGGGGUCAGAGUUUACCAGGGCCAAGCCACGAUGCCCCGCUGGCUGCCCGAGGGGACGGGUCUAUUCACAUUCUUCUCCAUCCUUCCCGUUGUGGCUAACGCGUUUAUCUGCCACUACAAUGUCUUUCCCAUCUACCGCGAGCUGCGGUCGCCGUCCAAGGAGAAGAUGCGCGUCGUCGUGACCAACUCCGUCUACGUCGUUGGCUUCUCCUACGUCCUCUUUUCCUGCGCUGCGUACACGCUGUUCGGCGAUGCGACGUCUACCGACAUCCUCCAAAACUUCGACCGCGACAUCUCGAAGAUCAUCCACCACGUGGUUAUCCUAACCAGCGCGGUUAGGCUGGGUUACGUGGUCACGCUCGUGCUGACCUUCCCGCUCAUUGUGUUCGCGGUGCGUAAUAUCCUUGACGCGGUCAUUUUCGGCGAAACGAACCGCUUCGAGCAUGUCCGGUUUAUCGUUCUUACGUGUGGCAUAUUGGCUUUUGCUGUGUUUGGGUCGAUAAUGGUGCCCAACAUUUGGGUCGCCUUCCAAUUCACGGGGUCCACCGCGGCCGUUAUCAUAGGGUUUAUUCUGCCCGGUCUAGUUGCUUUGAGAACGGAUGGGGCCGUCACGAGGGUGUCGCACAACAGGUCGGCCUGGUCGCUGCUUGCCGUUGGGGCGACGGUGUCAAUCCUAGGGGUAGCUACGAACAUCUGGGGUGUAUACCAGAAAGGAAAGGGUAGCAAUUGACUGUUCUACAGCGGACAGAGUCACUUUAGAGAUGAGAUCACGAAUUUAGCCAGCGGGCCUGCUUUAAGAUUUCAGUUCCUAGAUGUUGUAAAUUUUGAUGGUGUUCAAUUCUUUGUAAUUUACGUCCUCUGGUCUUCAAGAAUUAGGAUUGGACGGUCGGCAGGAGUUUUCUAUUUGUUUGUGAAGUACUCCUGAGGAGAUCGUGCUGUCACGAAGGUUUUGCCUUAAUCGCGGACAAGGGUAUUUUGCAUAGGAGAGCCACGACAACUCAUUAAAAUGCACAAGUUGCUCGCUUUUGUUAAUGAUUGUUCAGGCCGGAUUUACAAG